GUAAUCCAGGCCCAUGAAGCCACUACCAAAUUUUCACUUUAAAAAAAAUGAAACAAUCCUGACAUAGCCGUUGCUAUCAUCAAGCAAGAAGAUCCAUUCUCUUAAACUAAAGUUCAAAGUAGGAUAAAUGACCGAAGACCAAAAGAAGAACAUGACCGUUACAUAAACACCCCCAAAUUUCAAAACCAGCAAGCCAGAGAAGGUAAGAGAAGAGCCAGCAAUGUCCGCCGCCGAAGAGCAAAUGCAGCAGCUGAGAUUGAAAGCCACAGAGCUUAUCCUCAGAGAAGAAUGGGAAGAAUCCAUACAACUUUACUCUCAGUUAAUCAAUCUUUGCCAAGGCCAAAUCUCAAAGACCAAUCAAGAUUCCAACCCAGACCCAGAUCACCUCUCCAAGCUUCACAAAUCUCUCUGCGUAGCCUUCUCGAAUCGAGCUGAGGCACGGUCAAGGCUACAAGAUUUCUCUGAAGCACUUCAAGACUGUGACCGAGCACUUCAGAUUGAAGCUACCCAUUUCAAGACUUUACUUUGCAAAGGUAAGAUCUUGCUUAGUUUGAACAGAUAUGCCAAUGCUUUGGACUGUUUCAAAGCUGCUCUUUUUGAUCCCCAGGGUAAUGGGAAGCUGGAAAUUCUUAAUGGGUAUUUAGAGAAGUGUAAAAAACUUGAGUUUCAAUCAAGGACAGGAACUUUUGAUCUUUCUGAUUGGGUUCUCAAUGGGUUCCGAGGGAAGCCUCCAGAACUUGCUGAAUACAUUGGUCCAGUGCUGGUUAAGAGGUCUGAAACUAGUGGGCGUGGCUUGUUUGCAACAAAGAAUAUCGAUGCUGGGACUUUGGUUCUGGUCACUAAGGCAGUUGCGAUUGAAAGAGGUUUAUUGGGAGGUGAAGAUUCAGGAGAAAAUGCACAGCUGGUUAUGUGGAAGAACUUUAUAGACAAAGUUAAGGAAGCUGUCACAAAAUGUCAAAGAACACAGCUUUUGAUUAGUAUGCUAUCCACAGGUGAAAACGAAGAGGGGCUUGAAGUUCCCGAACUGAGUCACUUUAAGCCUGAGGUGGAGAGCAAUGGCUGUUCAAAGGAGAAGCUUGAAAUGGAUAAGAUACUAAGCAUCUUGGAUGUGAAUUCUCUUGUGGAAGAAGCGGUUUCAGCCAAGGUAUUGGGUAAAAACAGUGAUUUUUAUGGUGUUGGGUUAUGGAUACUGGCUUCCUUCAUCAACCAUUCAUGCAAUGCUAAUGCAAGGCGUUUGCAUGUAGGGGACUAUGUCAUGGUUCAUGCUUCGAGAGACAUCAAGGCUGGUGAAGAGAUCACGUUCAUGUAUUUCGACACACUUUCUCCCUACAAGCGUAUGGAAAUGUCCAAGUCAUGGGGUUUUAACUGCAGGUGUAGGAGGUGCAAGUUUGAAGAAGCAGUGUGUGCCAAGCAGGAGUUAAGAGGGAUUGAGAUAGGCCUCGAAAAAGGGGUAGAUGUUGGUGCGGCUGUUUAUAGGUUGGAAGAAGGUAUGAGGAAAUGGGCAGUGAGGGGAAAAGAGAAGGCUUUUUGAGGGCAUCGUUUUGGGCUGCAUAUUCGCGAGGUAUAUAGCUCAGAUAGGUUGAUGAAACGGUGGAGCAGCGCUAUUCCAUUAAUGGAGGCCGAGGACAGUGUGGCAGAAGCUGUGGGAAGUAAUGAGAGAGUAUUGAAGGUUGUUGUUAAAGGAUUGAAGAAGAACGGCGGUGGUGUGGUAGACUUUGAGAAGCUAAAGUUGGGAAGAGGGUUCUAUGGCAAAGUGGUCAAAAAACAAGCAUUGAGGAAUCUUCUUGAGCUUGCAUUCAUGAUCAAAGCUAUUAGCUAAAUAGCUAGGGGGAGAGUUGUUCUUUUCAUUUUCUGCUUUCUACUUUUUGUGUUUCUAUUCUUCACCUUUUUACUUCCAUAACUGCUGAGGAGAGUUAGCUUCGAUGUUACUAUGGUCAGCAUUCAUCAAAAAGGUUGAUGUUACCAACAUGUUUCGAAUAAUCUAAUACAGAUCCUCAGUUUGGAAAAGCAAACUUUAAUUCUGGCA